CCUCCAUUAACGUCCAAAAACAAACCUCGCUUGCUGAUCUUUUCUCUAUCUCCGUCGCCAUCUCUCUCUCUCUCUCUCUCUACAACAUAGUUAUCAUGAAUCACCGCUCACCCCACCCGACCACCCGCCGCCGCCCCGCCGCCCGCGCUCCCCCGGCCCGGGUGCCCUCGGACUGGUCCCUGCAGACCUUCCCGCCGGAGGGCCACGCCGACCUGGUCCGCCGCCGGGGCGGCCUCAUCUCCGUCCCCUGGAGGCUCGCGCUGCCGCCCUGGCUUCCGUCUGCGGCCCCCGAGGCGGCAGCGGGGGGACCGGCGAGGCUGCUGCUGAACGUGACGGUGGAGCGGAGCCUGGGGCCGGUGCAGGUGGUGAUGGCGGCGGAGAAUAGCGUGGGCGACCUGGUGAGGGCGAGCGUGGAGGCGUACGGGAAGGAGAAGAGGCGGCCAUUGCUGAGAGCGAGCGACCCUCGCUGCUUCGAGCUUCACUACUCGCCCUUCAGCUUGGAGUGUCUAAGGCCAGAGGAGAAGCUGAUAAACUUGGGGUCAAGGAACUUCUUCCUCUGCAGCAAGCGCUCCACGUCCUCCAGUUCCUGUGGCUCUGAAGAAGCCAAAAUGGGGGCAUGCUCCCCAUUAGCACUGACCCAUCUGAUGGACUUCCUCCUAUAGAUCAGCCCCUCGGUUCAGUAGAUGUACGAGAAGUCAUGUAGUCGGCACGUGCCCAACGACGCGCGAAUUGCGAAUCGGGGCGAAUUACCCGUGAGACAAAUGAGAUCAAGGUUUUUAGAUUGAA